UACAACGACCAUCUCCCUCCGCAGUAAAAAAUUGCACGAGGUAUUUGCGAAAGUUUCGCGGAUAUUUUGACUCGCACAAGAGUCAGAAAGCAAAUAAUUCUCAAACAGGACUCCAUUUCGUGGUAUAAACGAACUAAAAUAGUUUGUAAGUAGUUUCUGGAAAGCUCCGAUUGCGAUUUACCUUGGCGUAGGAAAAUAACACCUUGCAUCUAGCAGCAGCAGUCUUUCCGUUUAUAACUCAACGCGAGUGAAUCAUGUCAGUGAACGAUAGAAGAAAUGAAGAAUGGGACAAAAAUGGUCCCGCUUCCGACAAGGAAUCUCAGGCGUACGACGGCCCCCCGGGCAUGGACCCCGACGGCAUCAUCGACUCCAACUGGGACGAAGUCGUCGACAACUUCGAUGAUAUGAACCUGAAGGAAGAGCUACUCCGAGGCAUUUACGCUUACGGUUUUGAAAAACCUUCGGCCAUCCAGCAAAGGGCCAUCAUACCAUGUGUUAAGGGCCAUGAUGUCAUUGCGCAGGCGCAAUCCGGUACCGGCAAAACCGCCACUUUUUCGAUAUCAAUUCUUCAGCAGAUAGACACUUCACUUAGAGAAUGUCAGGCGUUGAUUUUAGCGCCAACGCGCGAAUUAGCACAACAAAUUCAAAAGGUUGUCAUCGCUCUCGGCGAUUUCAUGAGCGCCCAAUGCCACGCUUGCAUCGGGGGUACCAACGUUAGGGAAGAUAUGAGGAAACUUGAGACUGGUGUUCACGUCGUCGUCGGGACACCAGGACGGGUCUACGAUAUGAUCAACCGAAGGUCGUUGCGGGCCAAUUUCAUCAAGAUGUUUGUUCUGGAUGAAGCUGACGAGAUGUUGUCUCGCGGUUUCAAGGAUCAAAUACACGAUGUCUUCAGAAUGCUCAACUCAGACGUUCAGGUUAUUUUGCUCUCGGCCACGAUGCCUGCUGACGUGUUGGACGUAACAAAAUCGUUUAUGCGUAACCCCGUUCGUAUCCUUGUGAAAAAGGAAGAACUAACCCUAGAAGGUAUCAAGCAAUUCUUCGUGUAUGUUGAAAGAGAGGACUGGAAAUUGGAAACAUUAUGCGAUUUAUAUGACACUCUGUCCAUCACUCAAGCUGUUAUCUUUUGCAAUACCCGUCGUAAGGUCGAUUGGCUUACCGAAAAUAUGCACAAAAGAGAUUUCACGGUGUCUGCUAUGCACGGUGAUAUGGAACAAAGAGAACGUGACGUCAUUAUGCGUCAGUUUAGGACAGGAUCGUCUAGGGUUUUAAUUACGACGGAUCUGCUUGCCAGAGGGAUUGACGUUCAACAAGUUUCACUAGUUAUUAACUACGAUUUGCCUUCAAACAGGGAAAACUACAUUCAUAGGAUUGGUCGUGGUGGUCGUUUCGGUCGUAAGGGCGUGGCCAUAAACUUUGUGACAGAAGAGGAUAAACGUACGCUCAAGGACAUUGAGCAGUUUUAUAAUACAAAAAUCGACGAAAUGCCUAUGAAUGUGGCCGACCUGAUAUAAAUGCGGUGUUGCUGUGAUCCGACGUUGCCUAGAGUUUCUUUUGGUGCAGCAACAAUACCUGUGGGAUUUUGGAAAAUAAAGAUCUUUAUUCCAUUUUAAUAAGUUGA